CUCGUAACAUUCUUCGCAGAUGACACGACCGUGUACCUGUCAGAACAUGACAGCUUCUUGGACCUCUCCACAAUACUAUCCACUUGGUGCAUCGUCUCAGGGGCUCGAUUCAAUGUCACCAAAACUGAAGUUAUUCCCAUCGGCUUGCCCUCUUACCGCACAUCUAUAACCACAAUGCGCUCCCUCCAACCUAAACGCUCCUCCUAUAUGCCAGUGAAAAUCCCUGCGAACACCCACAUAGCAGCCGACAAUAAGGCAGUUCGCCUUUUUGGUGCCCACAUUGGAAACUGCAUAACACCCUUCAUAGUCUGGGGCCCCCGCAUCGAUAAAAUCAGAGAAGGACUCCAUUGCUGGAGCCGCUGCAAACCCACUCUCGAUGGAAAAUGUCUCAUUGUAUACAUGAUCGUGGGUGGCAUGAGCCAGUAUCACACACGUGUCAUGGGCAUGUUGGCCCACAUUGAAAAAACUCUCACUUGA